AAUACACGGAUCUCGUCACACGAAUUAUUUUCCAGCCAAUUACGCACAAUGUGGAACAUUUCAAACAGCCGCAGGAGGAAAACUUGCAACUUGGUGGGAUUUCAUUCGGGAACGUGUCCUUUGCGCGCACCUGGAGCAAUCGGAGACAUGCAGGGACAGCAAAUUGUAGCCGGUUUAUGAUACCGAGCCUCCGUGUAGCCAGUCUCCGAUUUCUUCCUGGGAUGGGGAGCAGCGCAUGGUGCUGCGGUGCCCUGUUCCUGCUGGCCAUCGUUUGCUCAUGCCGUGCCAUCACUCUGGAGUCUAUCCACUGGAGCAGCUCCAAUGCCAAGUUUACUCCUGGUCAGGGUCUCAUCCUGUAUCCACAGAUAGGGGACAAGAUGGACAUUGUGUGCCCCAGGGAAGAUGCUUCCUCUGGGGGAAAGGAGGAGUUCUACAGAGUCUUCCUGGUCUCGCGAAGUCAGCUGGAGAGCUGCACCAUUGACCAGACUGACACGCCUCUGUUGAACUGCGACAAACCAAACCGUGAUGUAAAGUUCACGUUCAAGUUUCAGGAAUUCAGCCCCAACUUGUGGGGUCUGGAGUUCCUCAAGGGGAAGGACUAUUACAUAACCUCCACCUCCACGGGCUUCCUGCAGGGUCUGGAUAACACUAAUGGAGGGGUGUGCAGGACCAAAUCCAUGAAGCUGGUGCUGAGAGUCGGCCAGAACUCUUCAGAUCCACCUUCAACACUUCAGGAGUCCCCCACCAGAUUCCCACCUACACGACCAAAGUCCAAGGCCAAGGACGCCUCCACGAAAGAAGAGGAUAUAAAAAGUAAAGCUGAUGUGGGCUCGGAGACAGGACUCUUCACGUGGGUUGUCUCUGGCUGUGUGGUCCUGCUCGUGGUCAUCAUAGUUCUGUUGGCCGUGUUGUGGAGGCACCGUCACCGUCGCUGCGUCCCAGAUGGGCAGCAGUCCGCCUCCGUGUCCCUCAACACUUUGGGUGUGCCGAAACGGGACAGCAUCAGCAGCGACAACAACGGCUCGGACCGCAGCGACGUCGUCUUUCCUCUGCGGGCUUCCGACAGCAUGAUCUGCCGUCACUUUGAGCGCGUGAGCAGUGACUACGGGCCCCCUGUGUACAUAGUUCAGGAGAUAAUGCCCCAGAGUCCCACCAACAUCUACUACAAAGUCUAA